UUUCGUCUCUCUGUCGGUGACUUUAUACAAUCACGAGGAAUAAAAGUCCGAUAGAAACUUAUAAUUUUCUGAAACGUUGGAGAAUGAAACGAAGGCGGAAUCCACUCAGAGCGUUCCUUUCCAUGACAACCACAACUACGGAUGGUCGGUUAGCUCAAACUAGAUGGGACAACGAUUCGCGGAAGUGGAACUGGUCAAGCUGGCUUGGAGCAGAGAAAGAAAGCGGCCAAGUUACAGAAGAGCCUGCUGAUGCUAACGAAGAAAAACGCUUUAGUGAAAUAAACAAACCGAGCGACCAGCAGGGCAGAGAUGCUGGGACAGAUGCUCAGCUUCUCCAGAAAGCAAAAGGUUUCAGUGGUUACAUUUAUAAUUUUGCCAGCAGCGCCUCAAAAAAAUUAUCUGAGUCCGUAGUAGAAACAGCUCAAACCUUAAAGAAGAGCGUGGAGGAGAGGAAAAUCAGUGGAAUUAUUGAUAAGACCAUUUUGGGUGAUUUCCAGAAGGAACAAGAAAGGUUUGUUCAGGAGAAAAGAGCUAAAGAGUAUGGUGCUGCUGUGCCUCCAUGGGUGGGUUAUAAUGAAGAGGAUGCCAUACAGGAACAGAUAUUAGCUCUCUCAGCUGAUAAAAGAAAUUUUUUGCGUGACCCCCCUGCUGGGGUGCAGUUUUACUUUGACUUUGACCAAAUGUAUUCAGUCGCCAUGGUUAUGCUAGAGGAAGACGAGCUCCUGAGGAAGAUGCGCUUCCAUCUGGUCCCCAAACAGGUGAAAGAGGAAGUCUUUUGGAAGAAUUACUUCUACCGCGUGUCUUUGAUAAAACAGUCGGCUCAGCUCACAGCUCUCGCAGCCCAACAGGCGGCUGAGUGGAUUGAUGUGAAGAAAACCUACCCUUGCAAAGAUACUCAUCAAAACGAUGCAGUUAAAUCAAAAGCCAGCAGCCUCCAACCAAAAUCAAGUGAGGAUGAAGAAGAGCUCUCCACCAGUCUGCAGCUGUCUGAAUUUGUAAGUGAUACUUUUGACUCCUGUGAGAUCAACAAGGACGACCUGUGCAAAGAGAUGCGAGAGCUGGUUCUGGACAAGAGGGAAAACCUAAAUCCAGAGCAGGAGGAGAUGCCAGACUGGGAGAGAGAGCUGCAGGAAGAACUUCAGGAGUACGACGUGUUGGCUGACAGCGAAACCCACGAUGAUAACUGGGACAAGGAGAUCGAAGAGAUGCUGAGGGAGGAGAGUUAGAGUAAUGAGCGACACCUUCAGAGGCGCUUUGGUGAUUUCUUACAUCUUCGGUCUUCCAACAGCUCUCUGUGCAAUCAUGCGCUCCCCAGAUGAAGAGCUGGGAAGUUUGCAUUCAUGCGUGUUUAAUUCAAAAUGUGAAGAGAAAAUGGAUGUUACAAAGACAAUGUGUCUCACAUUAAUAGAAGUUUACAGUAUUUUUUUUUUCUUUACUUUGCCUGAUUUGUUAUCAGGAUUAAAGCUAAUAAAGAUAUUUUCUCGGUAAUCUAGCUCACUCUGAAGCACCAGGAAGCAAAAGCUUCCUGGUGCAUCUGGUGUAAAAGUCUGCCAGUCAAGCAUAGAGCUUUGUUACCAGUUACGGCAAUGGACUUAAUCUAUGAAAGAUGGACGCUACUUCUGAGCACUGAAGUGGAGCCAGUGUGGAAGUGGCUGUACCCUGCAUUCUCUUAACAGCCAGCAGGGGGUGACUCUUGUUUCAGAAAGACCUCCAGUUGUGUAGAGGUUUAUGGUAACUCAGCCUUCAGCUCCUGUAAUCCAUGAUCUCCGUAAACAUGUUUGUGAUGAAUUCACAGCCUGAAUCGGUAGUUUCAUGUUUUAUUGAACACAAAGUGAAGCUCAUUUGAUAAAUUAUUGUAUGGAUUAUGGACAAUAAAGCAGGAUGUGCUUCAGGGCGGGGCUAAGUUGUGAUUGAUAAGUCAUUAACAAAUGAGCUUACAGCAUUCUUGGGUUUCACAGUCAGAUCCAUUGUACCUCGGUUUUAAAAAGCUGAGACACUAACGAUAACCAGUUUGGGUCACAUGUGACAUCACAGUGGCUGUGCCCAUUAUUUAUAUACAGUCUUUCAUCUUACAUAUUAUGUGAGGCUAUGGCAAAAAAACAAGCAACACACUGAAGGAAGAAUACAAGCGCUGCUUCAUUUGCACAGCAGGCUUGUGUGGAAGCUACAUUUCUAGCAGAAAUUAUAUAUUAAACCGGACUAUGAACAGUGAAGAUUCUCUGUAAUUCAUUAAACCAGAGAUUUUAGUUUUGAUCUGGAGAAUUUCAUGAAACCAGUGAAGUAUAACUCUCAAAGUUUAUCCUCGACUGAGCCACCCUUUUUCAUACAUACAAAUGAUUUGUUGGUUUGUCAUGCUUUUUAAAUGCUGUUAAUAAAAUACCUACAGGCUUUGGACUCCAUGUAUUUCACCAAAUUUAUUAAACAGAUGAGUGAACAUGCAGGUUUUUUGAAUGCAUUGUUUAAUGUGAAACCAUGCCGGUCCGAAGCAGUCUUCCUCUUGUUUAUGUUUUUUGGGACUUUUCCCCCCUUAUUUUUGUACAUUAAAGAUGUUUUUCUGC